AUGGGUAUAAAAACUGUGGCUAUCCAUUCGGAUGCAGAUGCCCAUAGUUUGCAUGUGCGGAUGGCAGAUGAAGCCGUAAAUGUGGGGCCAGCACCAUCAGCUCAGAGCUAUCUUAACGUCCCAGCAAUUCUAGAUGCAAUAAAGAGUUCUGGUGCUCAAGCUGUACAUCCAGGUUAUGGGUUCUUGUCCGAGAAUGCUGCUUUUGCCGAAACAUUAGAUAAGGCGGGCGUUGUUUUCAUUGGACCUGGACAAGCGGCUAUGGCUGCGAUGGGCGACAAGAUUGAAAGUAAGAUCAUAGCCAAGAAAGCUGGCGUCAACACGAUCCCGGGUUACGACGGGGCAAUAAGCGGAGUGGAUCAUGCCUUGGAAAUCGCAAACUCUAUCGGAUAUCCAAUAAUGUUAAAGGCAUCCGCGGGUGGAGGUGGUAAAGGGAUGCGUAUUGCAUGGAAGGAUUCUGAAGUUGCCGAGUCAUUUAAACUGGCAAAGCAAGAAUCAAAAGCUAGUUUCGGUGACGACAGAUUAUUAGUCGAAAAAUACGUUGACAACCCUCGUCACAUCGAAAUCCAAAUACUAGCCGAUAAACAUGGGAAUACAUUUUAUUUUCCUGAACGUGAAUGCUCUAUACAGCGUAGAAAUCAAAAAGUCAUUGAAGAAGCUCCCAGCGUUCACUUAGACGAAAAGACUCGCCGCGCAAUGGGUGAACAGGCUGUUUCUCUGGCCAAGAAUGUUGGUUACUCUUCUGCAGGCACCGUAGAAUUCUUAGUCGAUCCUCAGCGUAAUUUUUAUUUCCUGGAAAUGAACACGCGCCUCCAAGUUGAGCAUCCAAUUACUGAAUUCAUCACAGGAUUUGAUCUUGUUGAACAAAUGAUUCGUAUUGCUGCUGGACAAAGGUUACCUUUUGCACAGGAAGACAUUAAGUCUAAUGGAUGGGCGUUUGAAUCACGUGUAUAUGCGGAGGAUCCAGAAAAAUAUUUACCAUCUAUCGGGCGGUUGAGCAGAUACAUCGAACCUGUUAGCCUAACUGAUAAGCAUGAAGUUAGAUGCGAUUCUGGCAUUGUGGAGGGGAGUGAGAUUAGCAUAUAUUAUGAUCCUCUUAUUUGUAAAUUGUCGACUUAUGGGGAAACGAGAGAUGACGCAAUACAAAUAAUGAAGAGGGCUUUGGAUUCCUAUGUUAUAAAAGGGGUGACGCAUAAUAUACCGUUGUUAAGAGAAGUCUUUGGCAGUAAACGAUUCCAGUCGGGUAAUAUUUCGACCAAGUUCCUUGCCGAAGAAUAUCCUGGUGGGUUUAAAGGCCAUAUACUCGAUAAGGAGUCUCUAUUCCAAUUAGCAUGUGUUGCUGCUUUGGUUCAUGCGAAGCGAGAUGUUCGCAAUUGGUGCUGGGGAGAAGGUCAGGAAGCUUUAUUAAAGGGAGACCUAGCCGGAGUGGUUCCUAAGCGUUGGGAUCUUUAUGUGAAGAUAAAUAACAGUCAGGGUGGAUUGGAAGUUGUCCAUGUUGAAGUUGAGAGGAAAAGCCAAAGUUUGCAAGGCACGGCUGUAUUUCAGAUUAAAACGCCAAAUCAUCCAGUAACUGUCGUUAGAUCUGAUUGGCCCCUAGAAUCUCCGCUGAUCGAUGCGCACUUCCAUUCUGAUGAUGGCGAGGAGAAGACAAUUAUUGUUCAAUACGUCGAUCCUUUACCACUUGGAUUCCGAUUGCAAAGACAUGGAACUAAAUUCGAUAUUACGAUACAUACUGCACGACAGCAUAAACUCAGCGAACAUAUGAUAGAGAAGCCAAAGAAGGAUUUGUCUAAAGUGAUUCAAAGCCCCAUGCCUGGCAGUGUAGUGAGCGUUUCCGUAAAUGUCGGAGACAUGGUUUCCGAGGGUGCAGAAGUAGCAGUUAUCGAGGCAAUGAAGAUGCAAAAUGUAUUGCGUGCAUCGCGUGCUGGUAAAGUGAAGGACAUUAAAGUGAAAACAGGUAGUGCGGUGGCAGCAGAAGAAGUAUUAAUAGUGUUCGAAGAUGAAGAAUAG